GCGACAGUGCAUGUUUUUUGCUGAGCUAGCAACGCCUUCGUUUGGUCUCUUUUGUUCAAGCAAGCAGCAAGAUCAUUGAGCAUCGUCCUCUGUGAACCUGCACGGAAGACUGCUGUUAACUCCAACGAAAGCAUUUCAAACUGAUCAGCACAAACGAUCUAUCUAAUUGAAGCAGGGUUAAGAUGGCGGAUAACAAAUGCAUUUACCUCGGGGUGUCCUUGGGAUUCCUGAUUGUCGCAGUCAUCUUGACAGGCAGCAGCACGGCUGUGGUCUUCCAGUGUACACCCUUCCAAGGAUGUUUCUACCAAGGCUGGGGAGAUGCGUUCCUGCCCAGAAUAGCGUCCAUGUUGCUGUUUGUGUCCGCGGUAUUGGGCGUGGUCUCCCUGGUCCUGCUCAUCCUGUACAUGGUCAACUCGGAGUACUCGGACAUGCCGGGCAACACGGCCAUCUGUGCUCUCCUCGCUGGACGGAACUACAAUGAUUUGCAAUUUUCAACUUGCAUUUCACCAUCAGCAUUGUGCCAAAUUAUUCCAGAAACAUGCCGGGUCAUGUGGGAUUCUCUUGUCAGAGAAUAUUAUGAAGCUGUAUUGAUGCUCGUCGCGAGUGUCCUCAUCUCGAUUCACUACAGCUCAGGUCUGGGUUUGUCCACUCCCGCCUUUCUCUUCUACAUCAUCGGAGGGGUGGCCGCUGGCAUGUUGAACAAAGAGCUGAACGGACAAUUUUGCAGCUUCUUUUAAAAUUGUUUAGAUUAUUAUUUGCUCGUUAUGCACAUGUAUACCAUCACUUUUCUCAACAAAUGUAUUGUAGUGGGUGGUUGGCGAGCACUCUGGAGUGGUUUUCUCUUUCUUUCAACUAACCUAAACUAAACUAAACUUAACUAUAAACUAAACUAAACGUUGUUGAUCAGAAGAGAACCAGAAGGGUUUUAAAAAUGAAAUUGCUGUGGCGUUGGGUCUAGUUUCAAAUCCAUCACAUUUAGGUGGAGUAGUGUCUUUGGCAUACUACGCUGUAUUCUAUGUCGCUUAUAAAAAUAAUAUGACAACAGAGCAGUCGGAGUUAUAGCUCAUCGUACGAUAUGAUGUAUUAGGUCCCUAAAUUUGACCAACAUGAGCCUUCAAAACAAUCUCUUUGGAGUUAAAUGUAUAGACUGUGUCGGAAGAGGUGUAAACAUUUGGUAGAAAACCCCCCACAGUGGAAGUUCCUCCACUUCCGAAGGAAGCAAUGAGUUUCUUGUCAGCUUCAAAAGACAAUCUCAAUCCCAGAAGACUUCUUUGUCAGAAGCUGCUACCUUUGUUGUUGUUGUUGUUGUUGUUGUUGUUGUUGUUGUUGUUGUUGUUGUUGUUGUUGUUGUUGUUGUUGUUGUUGUGGAAGCUACGCUUUUUAGGAAAAAAAAUCCAUGUCUAUUGACAGUCAAAGCCAUCCUUCACACCGGAAGCCUUGCAUAUCUUCAGUUCCAGACACAAAAGCCAUAACAACAUAUUUCGUGGGCCAGCUGCCCAGGCGUAUUAAACCCAACAUUUUGAAAUUUUAUUUUUUAUUUCAGAUCAUAAUGUUUAGUUUACUGGUAUCGACUGCGUGUAGAUCUAGAAAUAUGUUGUCGAAAUUCAAUAGUUAGAUGUAAAAAAAAAGCAAGACAAGGCACAUACGUACGUGCACAUGACAAAAGAAUGUUGCAUGUUUUUAAAAAAAACACAACUCUUCUGAAAUGUUUUGCUUUCUGAGCUUGGAACUACAGAAUAGUUUGCCGACAAUUUCUUGAUCAACAAAUGAUGAUGAGGCCCAGGUGUUUCAAAAUAGGUUUCAGUUCAGAGUUUUAAUAAAACACUAGAGGGAAAUUGAUUUAUUGAUGAGGAUUUCGUUGCUGUCGGCUAUGCAGAUGAGCAUAGCAAUCCCUGUUUUAUUUAUACCAGUUUAUACGUGUUGGCAUGAUUAUGUAGGAUCUUAUUAAUACAAAACUCAUCUUUCUCAUUUUUGUCUUUCGGCUGUUUUAAAAAAUGCAAACGUCCGAUCCAUCAGUUUACAUCAAGUUCAAUGCCAGCUUGCUUUCAACAUUCAUGUUUUGUGUAGUGUGUUGUUUUAUUUUGAAAUAUUCAUAAAACUAUUCAUCAGAAACUUAAGUAAAGCCAAUAAAUCUCUGCUGUGAGCAAAAGUUUCUAUCUCGUUCAGCGGACAAAUGUCACAAGCUGUAAAUGAAUUUUACAUGUAUAAAAAUGUGUGUGGCUUUUAAAAAAGUAAAAUGCUGAUACCAUUUAGUAUUUUCAAUGAAUGGAAAAUAAAUGAUGAAACA